GAAAUCCCCACUUCCGGCUUCCGGUGUCGUUGCUGUGGUACCCGGAAGUAAAACACGCAAGCCCCGCCCCACCCAGGAGGCCGGCAAGAGGUGUGAAGGAUGCUGUUUCCCGAGAAACCCCGAGCCCGCCAGCCUCAGCCGGCCCGCAGUACGUUCCCUAGCGACGUGUACCACCCGCUGCUUUUCCCGGCGUCAAGCCCACACUUCCCCUAGUCUCUCCAGCGGCGGCAUCCAGCCCCCGGUCGCUCGGCCGUCCCGCCCCCGCAAGGGGAGGAGCCACGACGAGGCGAUUUAAUAGGGCUGGUUUGACCCCAGCCGGCGACCUGUCUGGACCAGGAGGCGGGGCCACGCCGUAAACGGGGGUCCAGGAGGCGUGGCCACGCCGCCGGCGGAUGUGGAGCCCUUUGCGAGGGCGCAGGGCGACCGGGGUCGGAGGAGAAAGCCGGUUGCAGGGGCCGGACCGAGCCUGUGAUGGAUGAGUGAGCGAACGGCGCAGAGCUGCGCCCGAACCUGCUAGGCAUCAGCAGAGAGCAUCAUGGCAGAGCAGGUGGACCUGAGCCGGACCCAGGUGUGCGGGAUCCUGCGGGAAGAGCUGUACCAGGGUGAUGCCUUCCAUCAGUCCGAAACACAUAUCUUCAUCAUCAUGGGGGCAUCGGGUGACCUGGCCAAGAAGAAGAUCUACCCCACCAUCUGGUGGCUGUUCCGGGAUGGCCUUCUGCCUGAAAACACCUUCAUCGUGGGCUAUGCCCGCUCUCGUCUCACGGUGGCUGACAUCCGUAAGAUGAGCGAGCCCUUCUUCAAAGCCACCCCCGAGGAGAAGGCCAGGCUGGAGGAGUUCUUUGCCCGCAACUCCUACGUGUCUGGCCAGUACGAUCAAGCAGCCUCCUAUGAACACCUCAAUGACCACAUAAACGCCCUCUGCCAGGGGUCACAGGCCAACCGCCUCUUCUACCUGGCCUUGCCCCCCACUGUCUAUGAGGCCGUCACCAAGAACAUCCGAGAGACCUGCAUGAGCCAGACGGGCUGGAACCGCAUCAUUGUAGAGAAGCCCUUUGGGAAGGACCUGCAGAGCUCCGACCGCCUGUCCAACCACAUCUCCUCCCUGUUCUGUGAGGACCAGAUCUACCGCAUCGACCACUACCUGGGCAAGGAGAUGGUCCAGAACCUGAUGGUGCUGAGGUUUGCCAACAGAAUCUUUGGCCCCAUCUGGAACCGGGACAAUGUCGCCUGCGUCAUCCUCACCUUCAAGGAGCCCUUUGGUACUGAGGGCCGCGGGGGCUACUUCGAUGAAUUUGGGAUCAUCCGGGACGUGAUGCAGAACCACCUGCUGCAGAUGCUGUGUCUGGUGGCCAUGGAGAAGCCAGCCUCCACGGACUCGGACGACGUCCGCAAUGAGAAGGUCAAGGUGUUGAAAUGCAUCUCAGAGGCGCAGUUGAAAAAUGUGGUGUUGGGCCAGUAUGUGGGCAAUCCCAAGGGAAAGGGCGAGGCCACCAAAGGGUACCUGGACGACCCCACGGUGCCCCGGGGAUCCACCACUGCCACCUUCGCAGCUGUUGUCCUCUAUGUGGAAAACGAGAGGUGGGAUGGGGUGCCCUUCAUCCUGCGCUGCGGCAAAGCCCUGAACGAGCGCAAGGCCGAGGUGCGCCUGCAGUUCCGCGACGUGGCCGGCGACAUCUUCCAGCAGCAGUGCAAGCGCAACGAGCUGGUGAUCCGCGUGCAGCCCAACGAGGCCGUGUACACCAAGAUGAUGACCAAGAAGCCCGGCAUGUUCUUCAACCCUGAGGAGUCCGAGCUGGACCUCACCUACGGCAACAGAUACAAGAACGUGAAGCUCCCCGAUGCCUAUGAGCGCCUCAUCCUGGACGUGUUCUGUGGGAGCCAGAUGCACUUUGUGCGCAGUGACGAGCUGCGGGAGGCCUGGCGGAUCUUCACGCCGCUGCUGCACCAGAUCGAGCACGAGAAGCCGCAGCCCAUCCCCUAUGUUUACGGCAGCCGAGGUCCAGCGGAAGCAGAUGAGCUGAUGAAGAGAGUGGGCUUCCAGUAUGAGGGCACUUACAAGUGGGUGAACCCCCACAAGCUCUGAGCCCUGGGCCCCUCCCCACCCCCUGUUGGUUUCUGCCCUUGCCACCUCCCCCCGCCUGACCCCACAUCGGGAGGACUUCGGGACCAUAGGCCUCAGCUUCACAUUCCCGGCCUCGGGCCCAGCUACAUUCCUCAACCACCGACACUCGCGCUGUGACCAUCCCUGGCCACCACUGGCCCCGCCUGAGCCAGCCUCUGUCUACAGGACUGAGCCCGAAUGGAAGGAAGAAGAAUGGCCCUUCUGUUUGUCCCAGGCUCCUCCUAGGACAGGAGUCAGGGACGAGGGGGAGGAUCAGUGGGUGGGCCUCACUGGGCCAGUGGCUGGCCUACCCCUCCGCUGGCUGUGGGCAGGCUCCUCAGAGCCCGGGGAAGGGCACCAGCGUGGCCAUACCAGCCUCAGGGCCACUCUACAUUCCUCAUCACCCGCUGGAGGGGACUCCAUGCUGCCCAGCAGUCGCCCAUGUUUUGGGCCCCCUGACCGUCCCUGUGCCCUGCCAGGCAAACUCUGCACUCCAUGGCCCACCCCCAUAGGUGCCCCUCUUGCUACUAGAAAAGCAGAAGCAGCAGGUGGGAUGCCCCACCUCCACCCUUCCCAUUAAAUCCACGAACACACCUGU